AGCAAGAUUCAGCUCCUCUGAUCGCGCCCCGGCGCGUGGCAGACAUUUCAUCAGGGGUGAGAUUCGCCGGCGCGUGUCCCGCUGUGCCGAUCGGAACUAUUUCCAUCCUGUCGUCGGUCGGUUGCUUGGUCGGGGAGCGGCGGUCGAACCAUCUCCGGCGCUCGGCCCGGCCCGUGGAGAUGCGGCCUCUGCACCUGCCCGAGUCGGGCCGCCUCUGCCGCUGCCCCUCCCUCUGGAGCCCGGGGGGCGGCGCGUCACGCUGGCCCCCAGCCAGACCUUUGUGUCAGCGACUCCGCUCUGGGUUCGGCGUCAUCCGGCCGCCGACGCUGGUUCGUCGCUCGUCGGCGCCGACGGCUGCUUUGUCGGCCACAGUGGCGGUGGUGUGGUGGCACGGAGAGGAGCGGUCGGCAGCGGCGUCUGAGCCACGUCACGUCCCGCUACGUCACGUCUCGGAGGCACAGAGGCGCGGCCCGAGCUCCAGGGAAGCUUACUGCGACGUGUGGAGUUGGCAGAGAGCAGCGCCGCGGGUUGUCGAGGCCUGAGACGCAGUGAGCCUUCGGACUGGUAACUGGAGCCUGUGCGUCGUUGGAUGAGAGAACAAGAAGAGGCCACCUGUAGCAAACAAUAGUGAGCAUUGUUCUGGUGUUUCAGUGUCGUGUAGCAGCUGUAAGAGACAGCCGUGUGUGUUUCGGUGCGCUGUGACUCGCCUACCUUGUAGGUAUUUCCGUCCGGUGUUCGGCGCAGUCAGCUGAGGCGAUGCCCGGCCCGUUCCCCUUCCGCCGCCCGGCGCUAGGCCCGGCCCGGCCAGCGAUGCCCUGUCGACCCGAAGAGCCGCCCUGGAGUGCCGAGCAGCUGAUCCACGUGGUGGAGCGCAGCGCACGUGCCCACGAUUACAGCCACGUGAUUCGUGCCAUCGGUCGCAUCUUCUCCGACGUGCACGUGCUGAAGCGGAGUUUCCUCCGACCCCGUGGCUCGCCGAUCUCGGACGGACCGGCGCCGCGGCUGGAUCUCGAGGGCGUCCGUCCCGUGUUCUCCCUACUCUUCUCCACAGGCGACUCCCCGUUCACGGCGGCACUGGCGGCGGCGCUGUGUCGCCUUUCGGACGGCCUGUGCGCCAGUCUGGCGGCUCGCCAACACGGAUGGCGCCGCGACCCAGCCCUCCUCCACGUUGUGGCACUGGUGCUGGAGAUCCCAGCACUGGGUAGCUCCGAGUUCCUGACGCUGGCGCUGCCGGGUCUGUGUCGCGCGGCGGCGCUGCUACCGGCGGCCGCCCAGGCGCGUCUGGUUCGCCUCUGGGCUCGCUGUCCGCCGGCGCGGCUCCGUCAUAUGGUUCACACCCUACAGCAGCUCAUCUCGGUGCGUGUGGUGGAGGCCGGCGCGCACGGCCAGGUCACAGACGAUCCUGUACUGGAGGCUGCCGUCCGCCUGUUGGGGCUACUCUACCGGGCCAGCCUGAGUGGCGGCAGGCGCGACCCGCCGCCGCCGCCGGCUCCAGGCGCUGCCCCAGCUGCUGUGUCUGAAGUGGAGGUACGGCCGAGUGACUGUCGCGUGCCGCUGGUAUCCUGGGAGGAGUUCCACAACGAGCCGCUCAGCGAGGCGGUGGAGUUCGACCACGACUUCCGACUGUAUCAGGAGCACCCGGAUCGAUUCUGCCUUCUGCGUCACCCGUUCGCGCUGACGCCUGCUGCGCGCGCACUGGCACUCUUCUACAUGAGCCGGGUGCGGAUGUACCGAGAGGGCCGGCAGGCGGUGCUGCGUGCCCCGUCCCUCGGUCCGGCCGCCCUGCCCCACCUGCCUCUCCGUGUCCGCAGGCAGUGGCUGGUGCAGGACGCCCUCUGCCAGUUGGAGACGGUCGCCCGUGACAGCCCUGAGAGUCUGAAGAAGCAGCUGGUCGUGCAGUUUAUCGGAGAACAGGGCGUCGACGAGGGCGGCCUGUCGAAGGAGUUCUUCCGGCUGAUCGUCGAGAGGCUCUUCAGCGCCGAAUAUGGUCUGUUCACGUACAGCGAGGAGACGCGCUGCCACUGGUUCCGGCCCGGCGGCGGUCCUCCAGAGAGAGACGCCCAGUACUCCCUGGCCGGUCUCAUACUGGGUCUGGCCAUCUACAACAGCGUUACACUGGACGUGCGACUGCCAGCGGUGGCGUAUAGGAAGCUGGCCGGCCGGCGGGGCGCUCUGGAGGAUUUGGAACAGCUCAGUCCGACGUUGCACCGGAGUCUGUCGGCCAUGUUGGAGUACACCGGGAACGACCUGGAGGAGGUGUUUGUACAGACCUUCCAGGUCGGGUACACAGACGGCACCGGAGCCCAGCGUAGCUACGAGCUGGUCCCGGGCGGACGGCAUCACACCGUUGGACGACACAACGUGAGGGACUUCGCUGAUCGUUACGCCGACUUUCUGCUGAACAAGUCUGUGCGUCGCGCGUUCCGUGCGUUCCGGAGAGGAUUUCAACUGGUGACAGACGAGACGCCACUCUGGUCCCUGUUCAGGGCUGAGGAGGCGGAACUGCUCCUCUGCGGCAGCCAGGAGUACGACUUCUCUCAGCUGGAAGCAGCAGCCGAGUACGACGGCUACACGCGCGAUACGCCGGUGGUGCGCCACUUUUGGCGCGUGGUGCGCCAGCUGACUGAGGAGCAGCGGCGUCGAUUACUGGAGUUUAUCACUGGCUCGGACCGGGCCCCGGUCGGUGGCCUGAGGCAGCUGCGACUGGUGGUCACCCGGCAGGGACCUGACUCGGAUAGGCUACCUUCCGCACACACGUGUUUCAACGUCCUGCUGCUGCCCGAGUACCGCUCCAUCUCCAAACUGCGCCGAAUGCUCCUAAAGGCCAUCGACUACUCUCAGGGCUUCGGGCUGGUGUAGUUAGUCGACCGUGUAGCUGCCGGUCAACCAACAAACGCUGCAGAUGCCUCAAUUACUCGUGCCUUUGAAAGCGUCAUUGCUGGGUCUGUGAUGAGUUUGAUGAAGAUCCAGACAGAAACGUGAAGUGAAUCCCCGAUACUGGAGCUUGUUGAACUGUAGGAGUCGUGUCGUAAUAGUCCAGUAAUAUUGCCCGAUUGUUGUUCAAUUCACACUUCACAGGCAUUCGCAGCGUUUCGAUGGUACCUACCAGUGAAAAUUAUGCCUUGUUAACUACCGGCUACCCGCGGUCCGCGUCUCCGAGCCGGAUCUAGGUAUCUAAGCUUAUUUGCUAUUGAUUGGUAACGUUUCAACGUUUAGCCCCAAUGCGAAAAUGUGCCUUCGAUCAUAACCCAAGUCAUUGCUUAUAUAUGCCGUCCCUGUGGAUGUGUAGCGGCUGUCUUGCCCCGUUUGAUGAAUCUCAUAGUCAUAUCCAACAAACUUUUAGUAAUUCAACUUUUGUGCUAGACGUUACCGAAAAAAAAUCGAGCAAAUUAAUUCUGGCCGACGCCAUCCUCUUGACAAACAUUUGGUGUUUAUCAGCCAUUUUGCCUUUUUUACGUCCACAAUCUAUCAUGGGUAUGUUAUAGUUAGAAUGUGUGAUAUUGUUUAAUCCAAUGCGUAUCAGUCUGUGACUCUGUUCUCGCGCAUUUGUGCAAAUACUCGCGUCUUGUCUGUAUUAUUAAACCAGUUAAAUGUGUUAUGCAUGACGCCCCUCGGCUGUGUAGCAAGUUUAGUUUUUACAGACACAUUUUGUAUGCAUGUCUUUAUCUUAUAUACGAAGCGUAUUUUAAUUUCACUCCGCGCGUACUCCCGAGUGUUGUACGAGUUUAGUUAUAGAGACGGUCGUGUGUUCUGGACAGCAUGUAUUGUCAUCUCCGUCUCUCGGCCCGGGCGGUCCGACAGCCCAAAGUCUGCCGAUGAGAGGAGGCAAGACGAGCGAGACAGGCAUGAGUGUGACACUAAAAUACAUAUGAGACCAGG